GCGCGGAGCGCGGAUAAAUGUAGCGCCGUAGCGCGGGCCGGGCGCUCUCCGAGGGACCGGAGCGCAGCGGAGCCAUGCAGUACCCGCACCCCGGCCCGGCGGCGGCGGGCGCCGUGGGGGUGCCGCUGUACGCGCCCACGCCGCUGCUGCAGCCCGCGCACCCGACGCCGUUCUACAUCGAGGACAUCCUGGGCCGCGGGCCCGCCGCGCCCACCCCUACCCCCACGCUGCCGUCCCCCAACUCCUCCUUCACCAGCCUCGUGUCCUCCUACCGGACCCCGGUGUACGAACCGACGCCGAUCCACCCCGCUUUCUCGCACCACUCCGCCGCCGCGUUGGCCGCAGCCUAUGGACCCAGUGGCUUCGGGGGCCCCCUGUACCCCUUCCCGCGGACGGUGAACGACUACACGCACGCCCUGCUCCGCCACGACCCUCUGGGCAAACCCUUGCUCUGGAGCCCGUUCUUGCAGAGGCCUCUGCAUAAAAGGAAAGGUGGCCAGGUGAGGUUCUCCAACGACCAGACUAUAGAGCUGGAGAAGAAGUUCGAGACCCAGAAAUACCUCUCCCCGCCAGAGAGGAAGCGUCUGGCCAAGAUGCUACAGCUUAGCGAGAGACAGGUCAAAACCUGGUUUCAGAAUCGUCGAGCUAAAUGGCGAAGACUAAAACAGGAGAACCCUCAAAGCAAUAAAAAAGAAGAACUGGAAAGUUUGGACAAUCCCUGCGACCAGAGGCAAGACUUGCCCAGUGAACAGAAUAAAGGUGCUUUGGAUAGCUCUCAAUGUUCGCCUUCCCCUGCCUCUCAGGAAGAUCUUGAAUCAGAGAUUUCAGAGGAUUCUGAUCAGGAAGUAGACAUUGAGGGCGAUAAAGGCUAUUUUAAUGCUGGAUGAUGACUCCUGACAUUGGCACGUUCAGAAAACUGGAGUUGGGGAUAAUAUUUGCUACCAAAAAUUUCCAUAAGGAGAACUGGAAAACUAUAUGAGAAAUGGAAUCAAUUUUCUGGUAUUCCGGAAACCAGACAUAUUUGGUGCACUGGUUAAAUAACAAACUCACAUUUAAACCUUAAUUUCAACUGAAAAAAUGGUUUAUAUGUUGAUUUUAGGUUGUAUGAUAAAGGGACUCUUCACUGAUUAAAUUCACCCCCUUUUUAAAAUAAAUUGUGUUUUUCUAUUUAUAAAAAAUAAUUUUGAACUUUUGUGUUAAAAUUUUAAGUUAUAACUUGAAAGAUCUUAAUAGGGUCUUCUUGAAUAAGUUUUCUAUAAUUUGUAGCUUCAUCUCACUUAUUGGAAAAGCAAAGGGCACGCCAAAUGCAGAGGUAUGACUUGGAAAGGGGUUCACAUUUCAGGCAGUCUUGGAAUAUUUUGAAGGGAAAUAUUCUUGACUUUUAUAUUACAUUCUUAUACUGCAGCUUUAAAUCCAAAAGCAGCUCAGAAUUCAUGUCUCUAGGAUGUGUGUGUGCUUUUUGUCAGAGAGAUAAUAAUAAUCUUAAAUGCUUGUUUUGUACUAUCACGUAGUACCUGUUUGACUAAGGUGUUACGGAUAGUACUGUCCAAGCAGAUAAACUGACUUGGUGAUGACUAAAAAUAAUCACACGUAAACUAGAAGUAGCAAGUUAAUUAAAUGUAAGUAGAUUGUAGAUAUUGUGUUUUAUAUCAAACUGUUUAUAUGUGUAUAUAUAUAAUUGUUCACUGUAAAAAAACAUUGCCAAGAUUUUUUUUUUUUAAUGAGUAACUUGCCUAUAAAAUAAAUUCACGGACUUCUUUA